AUGCCCCCUUCGCCCACCAGAACAAGACGAGCGACGAAUGGCGAGAUGCCCUCCUUCCUCCGCCGUCCGCCCAAGCCGGAUGGAGUCAAGACCAUUCUCGCGCAUGCCAACAUCAGCGGCCUCUCCCCCGCCGAGCUCCAGGAGCGGUUCGACCACAACGCGCGCAUCCUCGCCGAGACAUCCGCAUCGAGCUCCGCAUUCAUCCGCCAGCUCGAGGACCAGCAGGCUGCUAUCCGGGAGCGCUUGAGCUCAGCCGAAGUCGGGGUCGAGGGCAUACGCACCCGGCUCGAGCACACCACGAUCGAAGAUGCGCCCGAGGCCAUGAGCGUCGACCCGCGCUCGCCGACCUCCGCCUCGCCGCCAUCAGAGCCCCGCCCCAUCAGCGCGAAGGAACAGGUGCUGGCACGAUGGAACGCGAAGAUGGCCGUGCAGACCGGACCGGCAAGAGGCAUGUCUGCAGACGAGGCCGCACAGAUAUUGCGCAAUACGUUCAAGCGAGAGCAGGAGCACAAGCAGAAAGUCAUGGACAAGAAGCGGAGGCGAGGGGACAUUCUACCAGGCGAACAGUUGACAUAUGCGGAGAAGAACGCGAGGAUGUUGGCUUUCUUGAACUACAAACCCACGGACUCAGAUAUGGAGGACGACGACGACGACGAUGACGACGAUGAUGACGAGGACGGACAACCGACAUGGUUCGACGAAGACGAUCAAGACGACGGUGUGAAGGGCCAGGAUAUUGUCGAGCCAGAUUAUGAAGACAUGGCGAACAUAAUUCGUAUCGACGAAGCACGAAUUCCGUGGGCUAUUCCACCGGAGGAAUAG